CGAGAUAGCUUAAAGUAGCUACCCUCCUGCCGUAGUUUCCAGUACCGACUUAUCACUGCCAGCCUUCUCUCCAAUCACCGUCCCGCCCAGCACAAGAUAUACUGCUGCCCUGAUGCACCGAGGCUCCCUCUCCCCGCCAUCACUUCCACUGUCACGCCUUCCAUGAUCGUGUGCAAGUGACGAAAAAAAGAAAAGAAAAAAACCAAGCUGUUGGUUUCCAUCCAAAACCAAACAUCACACACCCCUUGGGCCGACCUAAUCUGGGAACCAGACCAUAAGCUCAACCACGAAUUGAAGCCUCCGAAGCCUUCGCCAUGUCUCCCAACGGCGGAAACCGGGCCAAAGUGCUCCUGUUGGGUGUUAUCGAGCACGCCCAUUCAGCCUGGGACUCGGUCAGCGAGAUUGCGGAUGUUGUGAUGCCCAGGGCAACUAACCGGGCCGACUUCAUCGAGGAGGCGAAGUCAGGCGCAUUCGAAGGCUGCAUGGCGGCUUACCGCACGUUUGACAGCUUCGAAAUCACGGGGAAGAUCGACGCCGAACUCCUCGAGGUACUGCCUCGCUCACUCCAGUUCAUCUGCCACAACGGCGCCGGAUAUGACCAAGUGGACGUUCAGGCUUGCACUGCGCGGGAUAUCCGCGUGUCCAACACGCCCACGGCCGUUGACGAUUCCACGGCGGACACUGGCAUGUUCCUCCUCCUGGGCGCUCUGCGGAACCUGGCCGUCGGCAUGGCCGCGCUUCGGGCUGGAAAGUGGCGUGGCGUGCCGCCCCCAGCUCUCGGACACGAUCCCGAGGGCAGGGUGCUCGGCAUCCUGGGGAUGGGCGGCAUCGGACGCAAUAUGGCGAAGAAGGCGCUGGCGUUUGGCAUGAAAAUCCGCUACCACAACCGCACGCGGCUGGACCCAAGCGUGGAGAAGGAGGUGAAAGCGGAAUACGUCAGCUUCGAUGAGUUGCUGGCGGAAAGCGACGUCUUGAGCUUGAACCUACCCCUGAAUAAAAACACCCGGCACCUCAUCUCCAAGCAGGAGUUCGCCAAGAUGAAGCGGGGCAUCGUAAUCGUCAACACGGCGAGAGGCGCCGUCAUUGACGAAGCAGCCCUCGUCGAGGCGCUUAAUUCCGGCCAGGUCAGCUCGGCAGGCCUCGAUGUUUACGAGCAGGAACCCAACGUUCACCCGGGCUUGCUCGCGAAUCCGCGGGUUCUCCUUGUGCCACACAUGGGCACCUGGACAGUCGAGACGGAGACCAAGAUGGAAGAGUGGGCUAUCAGCAACGUCCGUAUGGCCAUCCGGCAGGGCCGGCUGCGCAGCAUUGUUCCGGAGCAACGGGAUAUGUGACAAGACAGGCACAAGGAGACAAGGGCGAGUCGAGGAAGGAGCCGCAGACGAUGCAACCACGCGUG